GGGGGGGCGGGGGGUGUAAGUGGUUUGACGGUGUCUGUCAUUAUUCAAAGCUUGUGUUGAUUAAGCUUAUCGUGACGACGUAGCAUGUGACAGAGUUAUAUGUGGUGAUCAAGCAUGAUGUGUGUUGGUGUUGACAUGAUUGUUGUUAUCAUUAGUGUGUUAAGUGUUAACAUAUUUGGUAAAUUACUUAGAAAUAUAAUUUGGAAGAUUAAAGUCUAAAUUCAGUAAAAAUUUAGUUUAGGGUUAUGUAUCUUAAUAAAUUAUAAAUUAUGUUGUCUUAAAGAAUUCAUAUUCUAGAACAAAGCAUGAUUUAAAAGGAUUGUCGUACUACGCGUGUGUAAAUUGAUUAUAGUUUAAUUUAUUAUUUUAAUGGAUUUGAAAUCUGAACGAAAUCUCAAAAAUUAGAAAAUAAACUCUGUUAACAAAUUUUAUGUGUUGGGAGUAAUUACUUUUGCACUUUAUUUUUUUUCGACUCAUUCCCCUUUUAAAAAUAAUAACAAACAAGAAUGUAUCAUGUGCUGUCAAUGUUUUAACAUAUGGAAUAGAGAAGACAAAAAUCACAAACCUAUAAAUAGACAUACAUGCAGAUUACAAAGCCUCACGCAAUAAUAAUUAUAGAGCAAUACGAAAAAAAAACUAAAGAAACGAUAUGAUGUCAUCUUUGUCCACAAUAUCUCUUCUCCUUCUUCUUUCUCUUUUGUGUGCGGUCAUCUCGGUUGACGCGUCUUUCCAGUCACUUCCGCUGCCAAUACUUAUGUCCGGCCCUCAAUCUUUCGCCUUUAAUUCCACAGAAAAGGGAUUCUACACUGGAGUCUCCGGCGGUACAAUCCUCAAGUAUACUCCCGAGAAGGGUUUUGUCACUUUUGCACGCAUCACAGAAUCAUCGAACUCUUUAUUGUGCUACGUUUUACAAGAACCGAUUUCCUCCAAAAGGUGCGGCCGACCGGCGGGGAUAGCCUUCAAUGAGAAAACAGGUGAGCUCUACGUCGCCGAUGCUCUGUUGGGUCUUCACAUUGUUUCUCCCGCCGGUGGUUUAGCCGUGAAGAUCGCCGACGGUGUUGAUGGAAAUCCCUUCAAGUCUCUCAAUGGUCUUGACGUUGAUCCAACAACCGGUAUCGUCUACUUCACUUCCUUGAGCUCACACUUAAGCGCAUACCAAAUGCAUCUUCUGUUGCGUCUGAAUGACGCCACGGGAAAACUCUACAAGUACGACCCAUCAACAAAGACUGUCACCGUAUUGAUGGAAGGUCUAGGCGGCGCAGCUGGUUGUACCGUAAGCUCGGAUGGUUCUUUCGUGCUGGUUAGUCAGUUUACAAAGAAUAACAUCAAGAGGUAUUGGAUAAAAGGACCUAAAGCUGGUUCUUCUGAAGACUUCAGCAAUUCGCCAUCAAGUUUACACCCUAGCAGUAUCAGAAGAAUUGGUUCUACUGGAAACUUUUGGAUCGCUGCCGUGCAGAGGGUUACCAACCAAACAGCCGUCGCCAAAGUCGACUCUAACGGUGAAGUGAUUCAGAGAAUUUAUGUUCCUCUUCUAUAUAAUUUUCUUAGCGAAGUUAACGAGUUCGACGGUAGUCUAUACUUCGGGAGUCUCACUGAACGAUAUGUUGGAACUCUUAAGCUUUGAAACCUUGAAUGGAACCCAAGGGUGAACGAAACACAAUGGGAUAAAUUACCUUUAAUUUUCAGUUCAAUAAUAUUUGUAUUUUAUAAUAAAUAAAAGUAAUAAACAUGUAA